AUGUCUUCGUCGGGGAAUAGCGGGGCAGUGUACGGUGGCGACGAGAUCAAUGCCAUCGUCCUCGAUGCUGGAAGUUACACCACGAGAAUUGGAUACGCUGGAGACGAUUACCCAAAAGUGAUUGUGCCUUCAUGCUAUGCAAAGACUGCCAAUAAUCUGAAGAUCUUUGGCCACGGCAUGGAGUAUCCUCGUUCCAACCAGGAGAUUAUUCCAAUUAUGAAGGAAUCCCUUAUUCAGGAUUGGGAUGGAGCUAUUGAACAAUACCGUCAUUAUUUUAACGAGUUGUUGAAAGUAGACUAUCAAGAACAGCCCAUUUUGAUCACCGAACCCGUUUGGACCGAUAAAGAAUAUAGACAAAAACUCGUGGAGACUUUUUAUGAGCUGUUCAACUUCCCUGCUUUGUAUUUAGCCAGGACGCCGACGUGUGUGUCUUUUCAGCAGGGAAGAUCAAGCUGUUUGGUGGUCGAUAUAGGCCAUGACAGCGUCAGUGUUACUCCAGUCGUUGACGGCAUCUGUCUUCUCAGGAACUCUAUGAAGACCCAUUAUAGUGGCCAAUUUUUGAAUGACCACAUUCAUAAUAUCUUGAAAUCAAAGUAUCCUGAUGUGAACAUGGAGUUGAAGUACAGAAUCAAAGAGAAAACGCCAACUGUGUACCCUGACGCUGCUAAGUUCACCAAAAGAGAGAUUCCUGAUAAAAUUACUACCUCGUUCGACGACUUCCAAAGAGAGAAGAUAUAUGCUGAGUUCAAGGAACUAAUGCUUGAGGUUCCGGAAAAAAAGAUGAAUUCAAGUAACGCCCAAAAUGCUGAAUCUAUCAAAGAACAGUAUGACGAUGAGUCUGAAAAAAGACUCUUCGAGCUUCCUUCAGGACAGUCUAUCGAAAUGGGUAUCGAUCGUUUCCGUCUUGCUGACACGCUCUUCGAUCCAGCUAGUUAUCCAUUCGAGGAUGAGUCUCUUAACGAGAAAUACCCUGCUAACAACGGUGAGCUCGAUAUCAGCAGUCCUUAUGAUGACUACCGUCCGUUAAAGAGGGCCAGAAAAGCGGGAUCCAGCCCAUCCACGCCAACCCCUGCACCAGAAAAUGGCACGACAACCAAGACUGCCAGAGGAUUGAGCCAACUAAUAACACAUGCAAUUUCCUCUAUCGACAUCGACUUGAGGACUUCUAUCGCGCACAACAUUAUUGUUACGGGAGGUUCCUCAUUGAUCCCCAGAUUGACUGAGAGGCUAUACAACGAGCUACUGAACUCUAAUCCUGGUCUUAAAAUCCGUCUCCAUGCUCUUGGUAACGCCAACGAGAGACCCAACCAGGCGUGGAUUGGAGGAAGCGUGCUUGCAUCGCUUGGAACCUUUCAUCAGAUGUGGGUUAGCAAAGCCGAAUACGAGGAGGCUGGUGUCGACAGGAUCCUCACCCAACGUUUCCGUUAA